GCGGGGGUUUCCGUGUCGCGGAUCAUGUUUGUCUCGUUUCUUGAAGCUUUUUGUUCCUCGUGUGCUCUUGGGAUUGUUCAACUGUCCUGUCCAGAUACACCACUUCGACUUUUGCAAACGGCUCUCUCUAUCCAAAGCACCACCCUUCCAGCCAGUCCGGUACAGCAGCGUUCUUCACAAACUCGGUGGACGUUUCCCGUGGACUCUAUAUAUCUAUAUUCCAAUUCUCGCGACGACGACGUGGUAGAAUAACUUUGGCCGAACAUAAAUCAUCGCCGGCCUGCGCAGCGUCAACGUUUGGCGCAAACGAAUUCAAUCCAGUCGCCCAGCAACUCCAGGCCUAGGCCGAGGCACACGCUGUUUUCUUGACAGCACCAGUGACGACCUCCGCCUUGACUUUCCGUGCGAGCGAACAACAACCUUGGAAGCACAACAUAUAAAACGACAACAUACAAUCACGAUGGCCUCCUCCGUCCUUGCCAGCCUCGCAACCUCGAGGGCAACAACCAAAUUGAACGCAUCCACCAUGCACAACACAACAACUACAACAAGGACGAGAAGAGCACGUCUCCCCACCACAAUGAUCACCAUAUACACCACCAUACUCUGCAUCAUGAUGCUGGUCGCUGCCGCCAGCGCAUCCCCCAGCAGCGCGGCAGGCAACGAAGAGCUGGUGGGCUCCAUGGAGAUAUUCCCCCGCCAAGGCGCGAAGCCGGGACAGGUCCUCUUGGCGAAUCUGCAGCCAUUCUCCGGAAAGUUGGGCGGGUUCUCAGCGCCACAGAUCUCACAGUCCAAAGAUUCAUCACGGCCCUUUGAAGUCGACGGCAACACUUUUACCGACUUCGCCUCGGCAGCCGACCGCGCCUGCGACAACCAAAAGAACGAGUGCGCCGACGCCGCCAACGCGGGCCGCAACAACGCCUUCUCCGUGGGCGAGUGUGACAAGCAGAAUGAGCAGUGCAAAAAGGCCGCGACAGCAGCAAAGGAUACAAAUUUCGCAACCUUUUCGUUCGCCGACGACGAGAACGAGUAUUUUUGCGAGGAAUAAAACCUUAUAUAUUUUUUUUUCGUCUUGGUUAACGGGGCCGGGUUCUCGUCGGGACUCCUUGUCCUGAUAGCCUGUUCAUGUACAGUCCGGGUCGCGGGAAGGAGAAGCCCACACCAAUUCUGACUGCCAAGUAGUUGACGACACCGCGCAAAAUUGCCAACCAGAUGCUGGAAUGCAAGCAGGUUGCGAACAGAUAAACAUUUUCUAGGCACAUGAUGUCAUUCGCAGCGCCACGGCACU